GUUCCAUCGUGCGAGCAAACGGGCCAAUGACCGCUUUUAUUUGACCUUGAUGAAGCAUGACGAGAAGAUCUGCGUUACAUAAACUAAUCAACAGAGCCAUAGCCUAGCGGAGGCUCUGUGACCACAUUUCGGCUUGCUCGUAAUAAAUGGUCCUCUCAAAUAUUUAGAGGCAAUAUCCUUGUGCCUGCUUAUCCUUAUCAUUUUUUCAAGGCGGCAACAUUGGGAUAUACUGGCUUUACAAAUAACAUUGAAUACGGUCAUCGUCUGAUUGAGCAGCAAGAGAAGGAACUGCACAAGAACAUCUCGAAGAGAAAGAAAGAAAAUGAAGGCUUUUCUUCCUCUUGCAGCUUUAAUUGCCUGCGUGACUGCUGCCCCAGCAGCCCGCGACGCACCGUCCAAAUUCAAACUCAUCAUUUCAGCGUCCGAUUCCAGCAUAAACAAUUGCUCACUGCAAGCCACCAACGACAACGAGGUCGACAUCAUGGGCACGCUCCAACCUGCGCAGUACCCAGGCGAAGAGGCAUCCGUCUUCUACUUUGAUUCCGUAACAGGUGAUCUCGUCACAGACUCGGACCUCACCGGAAGGAAACGCUAUGCAUAUACUCUCUACUCCAACUACACGAGCAGCCUGCGCUUCGACGUCCAGGGUGCCUGGGAUGAAAGUUACUCACCGAAGUUCACCAUCGCGAACGAUGGCACGUUCAGUCCGCCUAAUAACUUGACGUGGUCUUGGUGUCCUGAUGAUUUUAAUGUUGGGAAUGGCAUCUACUUGCCGGGGAGUAUCACUCUCGGUCCUGUUUUCCAUGGGUGUGAGGCUUUGUAUGGAGUGAAGGCUGUUGCGGCAUGAUCGUUGUCGUAUGUGGUCUGCUCGCAUGUCUAGUUGAACUGUAAUAUUUGAGGCGAAUUACACACGGAAUCAAUUCAUUAGGGAGCAUGCUCACUACAUGUAGUUUAGUAACUUUCAGCAUUUUGGUCCCAUUGAUCUGAAUAUAUCAUAAC